UUCUUUGUUUUCAUUCUUCCAGUUUGGGUUUCUCGUGUUUUUCCUCUCUCUUUCCUCUAUUAUCGAUCCUCUACUGGAAACCGAGCACCCCCUCUUCUCAGAUUCAUCUCGUUGACUUCCCCGAAAACCCCAUCACCGUUCCUCCGCAGUUGGCCCAUUCUUUGAUUUUCCCAUACUCGAUUCAACACCCUCCGGUUUGUAGUUCCAGUUUCAAUUCCCCGCUUCGGACGCCGAUUCUCUACUUUCCGAAGAAGAAAUGGCGUUAAUCCUUCACUAGGCUGUUCUGAUUCUUCCUUUCUUGUCUCUGCAACCAACCUGCUUCAAAUCCUAAUCCACCUACUCAAAUUUGCAGUCAUGGCUAUUCGUGUUACUCUCUCCUACUCAGGCUAUGUUGUCCAAAACCUAGCUUCCUCCACCGGCCUUCGGGCCGGUAACUGCCGCGUCUUCCAGGAGUUUUGGGUCCGAUCUUGUGUUUUUGGAUCGACCCAUAAUCCGGAGUUCAAAUCUGCUGGAAGCGCGCGCAAUUAUCGGUCCGAUAGCCGGCGGUUCAAGCCGGGUGGCUCUGUUGAGAAGCCAACUUCUAUGUACAGCACUCUCGCCGGAGAAAGGGUUGGGGAAAGCCCUAAGAAUCCCAUGGUUUUGGGUUUGAUGUCGAUGUUGAAAUCGAUGGCCGAUUCUUCUGCGAUCAAUACAGGAACUUUUGGGGUUUCUUCGUUUAAAGCCACUUCGAUUAUAUCCUUUUUACAAGGAUCGAAGUGGCUUCCGGGUUAUGAUAUACGAUCUAAUGUAAGCAACAAUGUGGAUAAAGGCGGAACAACGGUUUGUUAUGAUUAUGAUGAAAGUGGGAGUAAUCGGUUUUAUGAGAAUGAUUUUGAGAAGAGCAGCUGGGUUUCGCGUUUGUUGAGUACUUAUUCCGAGGACGCAAAGGCCCUCUUUACGGCUUUGACUGUUAGUGUGCUCUUUAAAUCUUUCUUGGCGGAGCCGAAAUCGAUUCCUUCUUCUUCCAUGUGUCCAACUCUGGAAGUAGGGGAUCGUAUUUUAGCAGAAAAGGUUUCAUACUUUUUCAGGAAACCUGAAGUUUCAGAUAUAGUGAUCUUUAAAGCUCCUCAAAUCUUGCAGGAAUUUGGAGUUAGUUCAAAUGAGAUGUUUAUUAAGAGAGUUGUGGCUACAUCUGGGGACGUGGUUGCAGUUUCAAAAGGGAAACUGGUGGUAAAUGGUGUAGUUCAAGAUGAGGAUUUCGUCUUAGAGCCAAUUGCUUAUGAGAUGGAUCCACUGCUUGUGCCUGAAGGUUAUGUGUAUGUAAUGGGGGACAACCGUAACAAUAGUUGUGAUUCUCAUAACUGGGGUCCACUCGCAAUAGAAAAUAUUGUAGGUAGAUCAUUAUUCAAGUAUUGGCCUCCCUCCAAGGGAUCCAGCAUGGUAGAUGAACCACGUGCAAGGAAUAUUAAUCUGGGGAUUUCCUAAACACAAUGUCCUUGGUAUUACCCUACCCUAUUACACCUUCAUAGGGAUGAAAUUGCCCCUUUUUGGUACCGACCACCGCAAUAUCUUUGCAUAUAAAACUUGGAUUGGACUUCAUGUCUGAGUGGUGUGUAUUAUUGAAAGUAGCUCCUGUACCUCGUGAUGUCAUAUCCUAUGCUAUUCUUCAUCCAAGAGGAUAGAAGGAAAAAAAAUGAAAAAAAGAAAACAAAAGAGAAGAAAUGGAAGGAAAAAGUAGAGGGGAACCGAUCUUUUGGCCCCCAACUAAUUCCGGAACCAAAGUUCUCAAUUUUUUGAAGGGUUUACGUGUUCCUGCCUUCAAGGGAAUGUCGAACAGGCUAGGGAUGAUCAUCAUUCACCUUCAGCUUGCUGUAUUGUCUUGGCCAUUGUGCACAUAUAUGGCCGCAACAAAUGUAUCUUAGUAAUGAACAAAUUUCAUGGUGUCUAUUUUCUGUGUGUUUUAUGCUGUGGUUUCUCAGCUUUAGCCAUCCUCCAUCUCUCCAUGUUCUCACUUUCCUGUAAUUUUAUAGAUGGAAUCUGUGUAUUUGAAUUCAGAGGCUUCAGAUAA